CUCUUUGGGGGUCUUUGUCAGCUGCACCAUCCCUGCCUCUGACGCGCGGCCACCUUCCUCCUUUCCUCCCUCCCUCCCUUCCUCCCUCCUUCCUUCCUUCCCUCCUUCCUCCUCCUCCUCUCUGGAGGCGUCGGGAGCGCGCCCGGCUCUCCAUCCUUCUCUCGCCUUCUCUCUCUUCUCUCUCUCUCUCUCGCUCUCUUUCUCCGGAUCGAGGCCACUCCACCCAGGAACCAGGAUUUUCCCAGUUGAUGAAGUGCGUUUUGCGAACCCUACAGCAACCCUCAUCCAGCUCAAGAGGUUUCUGAAGCAUCCCAAACGGAGGAAGUGGCCGAGACUUCGCUGUGUGCUCCGCUUCCCUCUCAGAGUCCAAAAUAGACAGAAAAUAUAGAAGUGGCUUCUUGUGGCGUUUCCACACCAGACGAGCAAGAAAGAGAAAGAAAGACAGAAAGAGAGCACAUUGAGAAGGCUGUGCAGCACAUCCACACAGGAGAGACACUCCCUUGGAAACAGUCCCUCGGUUGCUCUUUUCCCUUCUGUUCUGUUUCUCCCGCUCAGGUCUGCUGGCCAUGGGCAACCUGAUAAAGGUACUGGGAAAAGAUUUAGAAAACUGUCCUCAUUUUUUCCUGGAUUUCGAAAAUGCCCAGCCGACCGAAGCCGAAACCGCCGUCUGGAACCAGGUGAAUGCCGUCCUGGAAGAGGCCCAGACCAUCCUGGCCGAACUGCAGUCCUACACCGGAGCCGGGCAAGAGAUCCGGGAGGCCAUCCAAAACCCCAGUGACUUGCAGCUACAGGAGAAGGCAUGGAACGCCGUGUGUCCCUUGGUGGCCAAACUCAAGCGCUUUUACGAGUUCUCCCUCCGACUUGAGAACGCCUUGCGGAGCCUUCUGGAAGCCCUGACCAGCCCUCCCUAUGCGCCGACGCAGCACUUGGAGCGGGAGCAGGCCCUGGCCAAGCAGUUUGCCGAAAUCCUGCACUUCACUCUUAGUUUCGACGAACUCAAGAUGACCAACCCUGCCAUCCAGAAUGACUUCAGCUACUACAGAAGGACCAUCAGCCGAAACCGAAUCAACAAUCUACAGUUAGAUGCCGAGAGUGAGGUGAACAACGAAAUGGCCAACAGGAUGUCACUCUUCUACGCUGAGGCCACGCCAAUGCUGAAAACCCUCAGCAACGCCACCACCAAGUUCGUGUCAGAGAAUAAAACCCUCCCGAUCGAGGAUACAACCGACUGCUUAAGCACCAUGGCCUGUGUUUGCCGGGUGAUGCUGGAAACUCCGGAAUACCGGAGCCGGUUCACUAACACGGAGACACUCCUUUUCUGCAUGCGGGUGAUGGUGGGUGUCAUCAUCCUCUACGACCACGUCCACCCUGUCGGGGCCUUUGCCAAGACCUCCAAAAUCGACAUGAAAGGAUGUAUCAAGGUCUUGAAAGACCAGCCUUCCAACAGCACAGAGGGCCUUCUGAAUGCACUGAGGUACACCACCCGGCAUCUGAACGAUGACACCACUUCCAAGCAGAUCCGGGCCUUGCUGCAGUGAGCCACACAGGAAAGAAGGAAGGAAGCCCCUCGCCUUCUCUGGAGACCCGGAAGGGAAUAAUGUACUCCAUGGAACCUUCAGCUGAAAGUUUUAAUGUUGACAUGUUGCUAUAAAUAACCAUUGGCCCAUCAUAUUUCUCAUUUUGUAAAAAGAAGAAGAGGAAGAUGACGAAAUAAAGAGAGAAUGGAGGAGGAGGAGGAGGAGGAGGAGGAGGAGGAGGAGGAGAAAACGAUAGGUGGGAAACUACCAUGAGAUCAUCCAGGUAGCUGAGUGCCAACCUGCUCUGUCUUCCAAGAUCACCCCGCCUUCAGCAAUGGCCAAGGUGCGUUGAUGUUGUCUUCCUGCCUGCUCCAUUUCCAGACCCACUUGUACCUGUCCAAAAGUCCAGUCCUUGGAUGUGGUGACGGAGCUGCGGACAAGUUUCCAAAGAGAAGGAGGCCAUCUGUUCCAAAGCACCUUGGAGAGCUCUUUGGGAAAGCAUGAAGCUCAUCCUGAGCUGAGAAGACAGAGACCGUCCAUUUUAAGAAGGAGGGCCAAUGGAGACCUUGGGACCCAGCGGGAAGUCCUCUUUUAGACUCGCUUCUGGAGUCCAGAGACAGAUCAUCAGACUCUGGGGAAGACGGGGAGGCGGAAAGGGAGCAGGAAGCAGGGAGAGUGGCUCUCUGGAUCUGAGAUGUAAAUAGUGUGCCUGGGAAGUGACUGCCAAUCGGCGACGAGGACAAUGGGUGGGAACGGGGAUGAUGGCGGACAUCAUCGUUAAAAAAAUUAUAUCUUCCAACACUUGACUCCAUUCAAAAUGGUUCGGUCACACCUUUUAGAUUUUUAAUAUAAACAAUUAAAAUCCACUCACCUGUU